CGGGCUUCAGCAUGCAUAACAACCUAAGGGAGGUUGUCUUUCAGAGCCAGACGCCUCAGUGUUCUUUUCUCUUUCAAUAUAAUCCUUUCUGGCAAUUCAUGUACAGCUUUGUUUGAUCAACUUAAGCAGGAUAUUCCCUUCUCUUGGAGUCUCUCUUAGACUGUAGUAUGAAGCCAGCAAAAUGAAUCGCACGGCUAUGAUGUAUUUAGAAAUUGGCUGCUUUUUGUGUUGCAUUUGUGGAUGGAUUCUGAUCUGUUCUACUCUGCCUACCGAGUACUGGAAUUUCUCUGAGGUAGGUGAUGCUGUACUCACCACGGUCAACUACUACUCCAACCUGUGGAUGGAUUGUGUAUCUGACACCACUGGUGUUUCUGACUGCAAGUACUAUCCUUCCUUGAUGGCCCUUCCAGAUAUCCCUAGAUCAUGGAAGGUGUUCUUGAUCUGGCCAUCUGUUUUCCUUCACCGUGGAAAGACUUAUUCUGUCAUCCACCACAGUUGUUUUCUGUGGUCUUCUGGGCCUUUUGGUGUUCCUGAGCUUACCAGUAAAGUUUUCUUGCAUGUCACACGUGCCCUGGCCAUUGUCUCUGUAAUUCUGGGAUUUUGGGGGUCCGUGCUCACCUUGAUUGGAAUGAAGUGCACGAAGAUUGGGGGUUCUGAACUUGUUAAUACAAGAAUAACAUUAGCAGCUGCGUUUACCUAUAUGGCAUCAGGACUCUGUGGUAUGGCAGUGUACUCCAUGUGGGGAAACAGAAUACGGGCAGAAUUUGUGGAUGUCAACUACAAGCCACAGAAAUUUGAACUUGGUGCAGCAUUAUUCAUAGGAUGGGGAGGUUCCAGUUUGGUUAUAUGUGGAAGUGCAGUUUUGUGUUAUUUCUCUGGGAGAGAGAGAUUUAGCUCAGGGUCAAAUGACACACUGGUUCAGGCAGAUGCUUACACGAGAGCUCGAUCGAGAGGGACAUAUGUGACUGCUCGAACCAGAGGAACCUAUACGUUGCCUGCCUACUCCAAGGCCAAUACAGCAAUCAUGCCCCCCUUAUUCCAAUCAGGCAGAGAGAGCAAGGGAACCAGAAAAACACAAAGGACAUAUACAGCCCGAAGGACAGCAGCGUCCAUGCCGCUCAUGGAUUCUUAUGUGUGAAGCCCGUGUUUUGGAAACAAUAUAUUGAGUGGAUCUGACUUAGGAGCUCUUUCAUCAAGAACAGAUACCCAGGAAAAGAUAACCAGGGAUGAAAUUUAAUUAUGUGAAUUUAUAGUACACUCCAAAAAAAGGUAUUUUUAUAAAAGCAUGCACAUUCUCUGAAAAGGUAGUAAUCAGUCCAUUCAGAAUAAUAAUAAAAAAAAAAACCUUUGUGUAGCUCACUCCUUACAAUGGAUGGAUGGAUGGAUAAUAGAUUUUUUACAAUUUACAAAAAUGUAUUCACCAGUUUAACAGUAGGUGUGCCUUAAUGGUACCACUUACAGCAUAUGUAAGAUACAUGAUGUGUAAAUCUCUCCUUAAAGGGGGAUCCCUCUCUUUUUCCCCAGACCAACAUCACUUUUAGUUACCCUUACAAGACUUCUUCAAAUUUCUGUUAAUCAGUUAAUCAAUAGCUAUUCUGUUAACAGCUAUUGUAACUAAAGAACUAUUAUGCAUUAUCUUUUUUUUUGUUUUUAACAAUGAUUCAUUUUAUCAUUACAUGUAUGUUGCCAAAGAGCAACAAGGUACAAUAAAGGAACAUAACCCAUUCAGAGGAAAUUCUUAUAUGACCGACAGUCAUAGUAGAUGACAGUCACAGUCUUUGUAAAGAAAAAAAUUAUUUUUUUGAACAUAUUAGUUCAUGCAGCAUUGAUAAUAAUGGUAAUAGCAGUAUCUUUUCUUUUAAAAAAAUGCACAUGGAGCAAACAAAAAAUAUAACUGUGGGUCAAACUUUUUGCGAGAACAGUGGGGGAUUAGUCAGAAUUCCUUUUGGGAGUGAAUGGGGGGGAAAAAACAGUUCCACGCACACCUCAGAUACACAGAUAUGCAUAGUCUUAGAAACAAAAAAGUAAAGCACAAUUUAACAAAACUGUACUGUUUACACACUUUUUUCCAUGAUAAAAAAAAAAUCCAUGAAAAUUUACUAUAAAUUCACAUAAGGUUUAAAAUUUAUGUAAAAUUUUUAACACUAUAUAUCAACGACAUUGUGAAGUACAAAGAAAAGACUAUAUUGCUUUUGUGGUCCCUGAAUAGUUUUGAACUUCACCACAUGUACUAAGGAUCUUGAGUAUUAUUACAGUUACUUGAAUAUUUAUGUGUACGACUUGCAGCAUAUUAGCGCAAACAUCUCUGAACAUGUUCCAUCAGCAGCAUUCAAAAUAAAGAAAUCUGUUUAGUCCAUUUUA